AUGUCCCUGCUCCUCACCGCGGGCCCUUUCUCCUCCCUCCCCCAGAUCACUUUCUACGAAGGCAGAUGCUUCACAGGCAGGAAGCUGGACAUCUGCGGCAGCUGCAACAGCUUCCAGGACCAAGGUUUCCUCAAUCGAGUCAACUCCAUCUGCGUGCAGAGUGGAGCUUGGGUCUGCUUCGACCACCCCGACUUCCGAGGGCAGCAGUACAUCCUGGAGCACGGCGAGUAUCCCGAUUUCUACCGCUGGAACGGACGCAGCGACCACCUGGGCUCCUGCCGGCCCAUCGGGAUGGGACAAGGCUGGGACAAGACCUGCAUCAAUGCCCUCAAAGUGUACGGCGACGGCGCUUGCUGCCUGCGCUUUGUGGAGGUGGCCAUGCCCCCGGGAAGUGAUGAUGGAUCAUCUGGAAACAUGGGAAUGGAGACAAACAUCGGCCCUUGGCAUGGUGCAUGGUGGGUGCUGUAUGAGGAGCCCAACUACCGAGGCCGCAUGUACGUGGUGGAGCGCGGCGAGUUCAGCAGCUUCAACGAGUGGCAGGCGCGCAGCGCCAGCGUCCAGUCCAUCAGGAGAGUUGUCAACUACUUCUAGCUGAGCUUUCACCCUGCCAGCCAUGGCCUGCUGAGACUGAGCAUCACCCUCCUCCCCACUCACUGACCCCUGGAAUAAAUUGUUAAAAU